AUGUUCAGGAGGAUCAACAAGGCGUUCCGGCCCAACCAGCCCGGGCGGAGAGGCCGGGAUGGCGGUGGGGGGACCCGGGCCGAGGCCGACUACCACAGCGCCUGCACGGUGCGGCUGGUCCGCAGCACGUCGGUGCUGGUGGUGGGGGAGAGGCCGCCGGAGGCCUGCACCCUGAAGCGCAGCCAGAGCACCGUGAGCGUGGAGACCCUGUACCUGUACCGCCGGCAGGAGGACCGGGUCUGGCUGCAGGCGCACAGCCAGCACUGCCUGGAGUACCUGGAGGCCCUGGUGGCCCUCAGGAGGCAGUACACGCAGAGCGGGGGGGACCUGAAGGCCCCCGAGGCCAAGAAGGCCCCCAUCUCUACCAAGAAGAAACCAGCCCCCCCACCGCCCAGGAGGGAGGAACAGAUACCAGGAGUCAAACCCUCGACGCCCCCCGUCCUCAGCGAGGAGGACACCCUGCAGUUCCUGGACGCUGUAAUCGCCACCUGCGCCGCUGAACCUCCGCACAAACCUUACAGGGAUGACGGGCACGCCGACGUGGAUUUCAUUGUGGCGUCCAGCUCGGCGGAGCACGACCUCCACUCCAACUGGGUCCUGAAGGUCCCGCGGGUCGCCGCCGGCGACGCCGACCACCGAGCAGCUCGUGACUGUGCCAAGCAGAGCGUCCCGAAGCAGACGGGCCGGACCGGGUCCACCAGCAGCCGGCUGCGGCUGCAGAGGAACCCCAUCCACCUGCCCAAAGUGGUGGCCAGCGCCCUCCAGACGCUGCGCUUCAAGCCCAAGUUAAAAAAGCAGUGA